AAAUUUGUAUUGAAAUAUAUAAGUAAGUCAUGCACUUCAUUGUGGAUCAAAUCAUCGCUACCUCCUUACUUUAUGACGUAACGUAAAUUUAAAAAAAAUUAUUUUCCACUCGUAAUAGGAAGUCAUACAAAUGAGACGGACCGAAGACUAAACAACCUUAUCCACCAUAAUUAUUUGCUUUUAGUUUUUGUGUACUUUUAAAUAUUAAUGUACGGUGUUUUUCAAAAAACAUACGAAUAAAGGCAAUUACUAUACAUUAUUAUUUUAUGUUGCCUUUUUCUUCUAGCUUUUUCCCUUCAUAGGAGACUUAUUUUUUACCUCUAUCGCACCAGGUUCAUUAAUUUUUUUUUAUUAUUUUGUAUUGUAGAAAUUGGUUUGGAAUUUAAAAAAUUCUUGUAAUAGGAAAGAUUAUUUAUAUGAGUCGGACGGAAUACUAAAUAAUCAAAUAGAAAAGAAUGUAAUUACUACUAGUUGACUCCUGUAUUAAAGAAUAUUUUAAUUAAUUUGUUUAUAGUAAUGCAGGCAAAAUUAAAAAAUAAAAUAUUGAUAAUUGAAUUGAUUUUAUUACUUAAUUUGUUUCAUAAGAUUAUUCAGAAUACGUUGAAUGAAAAUAAAUAAAUUUUGUCGACUAGUGUCGUACCAACAGCCACUCCCACAUAUGAAUUUGUCUUCAUAUACUAAGAAAAGACACACGUGCAUUUAUUGUUAGUUAAAUAAAACUCAUCUUUCUUCAUUCAAUUGUUGAGACGUCGAAAUGUUACCAGUGGGUAUAAAACAUUUAAACUAUUUAUAUCACUAGGCGUGCAUCGUUAAAAAUAUACAUUCUAAAUAUACGUCAGGUCUCAUUAGAACGCUGUGAGUUUCGCGUUGUUUCCGAACGGAAUACCACCGAGUCGAAAUAUUGUUUUUUUUUUUAUAACGUUCAAAUAAAUAAUAUGAAUUUUUUACAAAUAAAAAACGAAUUAUCGAAAACGACGCGUAUCGUACGUGAGUUUUAAUUGUUUUAAAAGUGAUUUUAUUGUGAUGUCUCAGGAAUCUCAAUUAAAAAAAAGUCAAAGGACGGAUUUCUCCAAUCCGAUGACGCCGUUGGUAUUGAGAGAAAGAAGUUUCGUGCGACCGAAUAAAGACGCUCAAAAACGUCGUAGUCAAACUAUGUUAGCCAUGAAAGGAAAACCGACUAUGGAAAUAUACCGACCCCCCAACGUACGAACCGACGUCCCCCUGACAGGUAAAUUAAACGUACACGCUAAAGAAUUCACGAUGAAUCAUGAACUACAAGCCUCAAAAUCGAGUGGUAACCUCAAUUUAGCCAUGACGUACGAACCGAUGCCUUUACAACAUUCAAAAUCGAGCGGGAAUAUACUACGACAUAUCAACCACCCCGGUUUAAUCCCGAUUAUACCAGGAGUGGCUUUACCUUUACUACAUUCAGCUUCUUCGACUCACAUAUUAAACAUGCACAGACCUAAUUACCAGUAUCAUCCCGAAUUGAUAGCUCACCAUCCGGUUUUUACCGGUUUGAAUCAGAUCUACCACCCCGCUUGGACGGGGAACGUCCAAACGAGACAAACCAGCCCGAAACCUUCUUCAUUAAAACGUUCUAAAAGUUUGGGAUCCGCUGAUUCGAGAACUUUAGCUACUAAACUGAAAGACAUUGCUAAAGAAGACGUAGAUCUAACGAUGUUCCCACCGGAAGACCAACCGCAACUAAAAACGGCUUUAGAAGAUCCAUCGCAAGUACCAACGAGAACCUUAAUGGAUUUAGUGAAAAUAAUACUAGAAAAAGUCGUUGAAGGUAUGAAAUACAGUGAAUCAAUAGCAAAACUUUGUUUGACGAUCAUAGAAAACGAGAAAAAUCAAACUUUCCUCGAAUCGUUGUUGAAUACGUGUCAACAAUGGUACCAAGAAAGAGAGAAGAUUCUGCGAGGGAUAAAAGCCGGUGACGGUACGAGGUUCACGGCGUUUAUGUGGUUUCUAACUGAAAUGUGCGGACAAUUGAAAAGGCAUCAUUUAAAAGAUCAGUUCGAAUCUUUGCAACCGGAAUUAGUGCUGCUUUCGAUACUAGCGAAAUGUUGUCAGGCGUGCGUGGAAUUACCUAUCAAGUGCCUUUCCGAAACGGAAUGUUUGUUUUUCGUGUUAACGUCCAUCGGGAGGGAUCUCGAAAGUGAAUUACCCCAACAAUUAGAUCAACUUUUGGCGAGCGUUAGAGAUGGAUUUUUGGCUAGUGCCGGUUCUGUUGCAGUGAGACGUACGUUGUUGCAACUUAUCGAACUACACGCCUCCAAUUGGCAGUUACCGGGAUCUUCCGUUUUAUAUUAUUACCCAAGAAUUAAAUGAUGUUUUUUUUUUACAGUGUACUGUGUACGUGAUAGUUUUUUACGUGUUUUGUUUUAUAUAAGGCGAUUCAUUCAAAUUUAUAGCAAUUACGAACUAAAUUAUUAGCUGAAUAUUUUUUUACAUUUCAUUAAUAUAAAUGCUAAUUUGAAAAUCUGGUAACGUUGUCAAAUUUGUUUCAUUACAAUUAUAUUGACAAUGUUUCAGAAUCGAUUUGAAUUCAAUCAUUACUUAAAACAAAAACAUUUACUCUCUAAUUAUAUCCAUUUUCGAAUUAAUAAUCGAUUUAUUGAAAAAAAUUGAAAUCAUUUAUUAUUGUUUAAAAAAAAAUUAAAAUUGUUUUCAAUUCUUGUGAUUCAAGUGAAAAAUCGAUUCGGAUCCUAACGAAAACGUUAAAAAUAACCAAGGGAAUAUAGAAUCGUGCAUAGUCGUGCAAAAUCGUUAAUCUAUUUAAAAUGGAGGUCCUUCAAAAUACUAAUACCAAAACUUUUUGUUUUUAAUACAUAAACUCCUUGAUUUAAUCUUUAACAAAAAUGCAAUGAAAGAUUUGAAUUAAUAAUUAUAAAAAUGAAGAACAUUCGAUAUUAGGUAAUAAAAUACCGAUUAACGUGUUUUAUUUGAAAACAUCGUUCAAAUUUUUAUUUCAGUUUUUGUGUUGUUUUUAGUUUGGUCGAUAGAUGGCUCAACUUGUAGAUUUUAUAUCUACUGAUAAAAAAUAGCUGAAAAAUGAAAUAAACACCGUUCCAUUAUAUUUGAUUUAAUAAUCGACUAUCUAUUAAUUAAAUUAACAAACAAAGAACUAAAAUUCAUGAGUAAAAGUUUAAUUAUAUUCAUUAUAAUAAUUCGUUUAUUAUAAUUUUGAAGUUUCUAAACUUUUUAUUUGUUAAUUUAUUAGAGAUUUAAUCAAAACAUGAGAAAUAUAUUAUAUGUUUCGCUGUUUUUUAUGCAUCUUUUCAUUUAUUAGUACAAAAUGCACUUUUAUAUAGUGCAGUAGAGCCAUCUAUCCACGAAACUAACGAAUCCAUUUUCCAAUUAAUCAAAGAAAUCUCAAGAAAUUUUCUUGAGAUUUUCAAAAUAAAAAGUUCUUAUAGUUUACAAAGUGAUGCCAAGGUCGUUUCAAACCAUUUUCAAAAAUCAGAUCUCUUUCAGUUGGAAUUUUUUUUAAAUAUCUAUAGUUUAGAAUUAACAUUGAAAAUGUGAGGUUAAGAUGCAUACGUAAAUAUUAAUCAUAUUUAAGGCCCUAAAAAAUGAAAAUUCGCCUAAUUAAGAAGAAACUAUACCUGAUUUCAUCAAAUUAUUAUUAAAAACUGUAAGCUCAACAGUUUCGUAGGUAUUUACAAAUAUACGAGGUCGUAUCAUUUAUAGCAAAUUCAGAAAACUAAUAAUAAGUUAAUUUAUAACUUAUGAGGAGUUGGAAAAUUUAAAGAAUCUAUUCCUGAACCAAUGAAUAUGUUUUUGAAACAUAAUUUUAAAGUUUUAAUGAUAUUAGAAACUUUUCUGACUAAUAAACGUUUCUUGAUGAAUCACCUUAUAUAGUAAACUGUUAGAAAAAUGUCGUCACGUUUAAAAAUAAAUUAUUUUACUACUAUGACUUUAAUCAUCAAAUACAGGAUGACACUUGAAAUGUUUAUACCACGUAAUUGAUUUAUAUCAGCCGCAAAGCCAGUUCAAAUAAUUCAAUAAAUUCAUCUGGAUUUCAAUGUGUUGUAUUGAAAUCGAAAAUAAAAGUAGAAGUAACCAAUUUCCGUCUAAAUAUUGUUUAUAUUUGAAAAAUAUUAAUGUGUUGCGAAAAUGUAUACAUUCUUGCAACAUGGGUUAGUCCAAUUUAAGAUCAAGGUCAUCAAUAGACUUGAACCGAGUAUGUACUGUUUCAUACUAAUAUUUAUAUGUAUAAACUUAAUUAAUUAUAUAUUUAGUAUGAAGUUUUUAUGGUUUAUAUUUUGAAUUUUCUCUAAAAAAUUCUUCGAUAAUACACCCCGUAUCUCAAGCUAAAAUAAUUUGUUUAUAAAUUUCGUAAUUUUUGUAUUAUAAUUUACAUUGUUGCAACACUUGAUAAGUGAAAUUUAUUCAAUUUUAUAGUCAUAAUGCAUGUAACUAGUCAUUUUAAAUAACCUUAUUAGAACCUCCUACAUAUAUAAAUAAAUGAUGUAAUUUACGGUUUAUACUAAAAUUGAAUAAACGUUUCAUUUGCUA